AUGCGUGGUCUGCAGACGAAUCGCCACUCAAGCUUCCACCACCUGCUCCUCUUAUUCCUGAUCCUCCUGAGAUCAGGCCGUUGUUUUGCCAUUGUUUGCUACCACUGCGAUUCCAUUGCCCUGCCGGAAUGUUCCCAGACCCUCGGAGAAGUGGGAGUUCUUCCCUACAAGGAGUGCCCUACCCAGCUGACGUGUGCCAUGUCCAUUGUGGACUCCAUUACAUACCGCGGUUGCGGAGCAGAAACUCCCAUCACCGGAGCGACUUACUCAAAGACUUGCUCAUCCAACCUGUGCAAUGCGGGUGUCUAUCCGCCGGGACGACUUAAGUGCCAUCAUUGCGCUGGACAGGAAUGCGUGGCGGCUCCAACAGCAAAACCAAAACCCUGUCGCUAUCAUUUGGAAGAGGAUCAGUGCUACACGGAUGUCAUAAGUUCAUUAGAGGCGUACAGGGGCUGUGCCUCCGAGCACAAUCACACGCUGUCCACUGCCGCCAAGCUGUGUGACAUCAAUGGCUGCAAUGACGAGCAAGGAGCUUGGACCCAAGUCUGCGCCACCUGCGAUUCAGCAAUCGGCCGGGGAUGCAAGAUAGAUCUCUUUCAGGUCAACACCGGCAGAUGCAAUGUGAGCCUGUACGAAGAAUGCCAGCAGGAUGUUCUUUUGGGUGAACAGGAAGACAAGUACUGCUUUAGCUUUCGAAGACUAAGUCGAGUGGUCAGAGGCUGCUCUACUAAAAUUCCAACAGAUUUGGAGCCGUACGUAGAGCAAUUAGAAAAGUGUAAUACCAGUGACCACUGCAACGCAGGAUGCAUUACGCAGCAGAAGUGUUUUACAUGCAACUCCGUGGAUCAGGAACUUUGCCGGACAAAUAUUACGGCUAUAGCUAAUAGCACUUGUAGCUCCGCUGAGGCCUCUUCCUGUUUCUCCUGCGAGUACUCCAACUGGAGUAUUCAACGAGGCUGUGGAGCACCACCGGCAAAUCCUCAAAUUACCAAGUGCUAUGAAUGCGAUGAAGGCGCUGGGUGUAAUAGUAAGGAUUUCACCCGGUGCUACCAAUGCAGCACGGAUCAAGCGGGAGCUGGCUGUGCAAAUUGGGAAAGUCCUGGCGAAAUAUACAUCGAAGAAUGCGCUGAGCCGGCUGCACCAUGUGUGGUGGUUUCCUAUAACAACGGCACCACUGCAAGAGGUUGCCAAAAAUCGGACUUCAGCUGUGCUUCCGCAAAUGUGGCCAGUUGUCUACCAUGCGAUGGAAGUUUUUGCAACAAAGGAUCAUUUCCGGAGGAGCGCCUUUGGUGUCAUCAGUGUAGGGGAGUGCAGGACUGUGAGGAGAUCUCCAGAGGACAAACGGCUAUGCCUUGUCCGCUUCGAGCAAAUGAGCCGGAGGAUCAGGAAUUGGCCUGCUUGGAGUAUUUUGACGUUAACAGUAAAGAAAUUGUAAGAGGAUGUCGUUCCAAUCCCGAGCUAUACUACGAAUGCCUCUUAAGGAGUAACCACCUUGGCAGUUGUCGCACUUGUCACAGUCAGGCAUGUAAUAAUAGUCCUGGCCGGGAAUUAAGAGCUGGCUAUGAGAUGGAGGCCAAGGCAUUGUCCUUGUUGCAAGGCAAGAGCUCCGCAAUAUCCAAAUAUUCGAAUGUGGGUCACGGAAUUUGGUUGUUGCUAGGCGCUAGCUAUCUUUCAACUUGAACGAAUUCAACUCCUU